CCUAGUUCAACGUUGAACCGUGACAACGAACGUGAGUGAGCGGUCCAACUCCGUACACUAUUACCUACGCGCGCGCGCAAACUUCUCCUCUUCCCUCAAAUCUACUGUCGAGAAUGCUGCUUUGUUCGCCUCCCACCUCCCUUACUACAGUCUGCGAUGAACGCCGGUGAUGAGUGAAGAUGGCUGCCGUUCCUGAAAAAGAUGCCGUGGCGGCGGAGAGGGCGCACGAGGAGGGAAACCCUACGAAUGCACAUGAUAUGGAUAUCGCUACUGCAACUGCCCCACAGCCGCCGUUGAACGUUGCACAAACAGAGUCUUCCCCACCAGCUGCUACCAGUACAGCUGAAUCCGUCCACCGAGUUAGGACUGCUGCAUCACAAGUCGAAAAUGCCAUAUCGUUGCAUGAAGUCGAACCUGUAACUGUGCAACUCCGUAGUCUCUCAGUCUCUGUUGAUGAAUCACCUGGCGUACUCCAGAGGAUCUUCACAAAAUCCAAAAACUCGGCUACAGAUGCGCCACCGAAGAACCAUGUCAAGAAAAUCCUGGACGAUGUAUCCGCCACAAUGGAGAGCGGAUCGCUCACGGCCAUCAUAGGUGGAAGCGGUAGCGGAAAGACCUCAUUGCUUAACCAAAUGAGCGGGCGCAUGCAUGGUAAUCGCCUCUCUACUUCGGGACAGACGCUUUUCAACGGUAGUGAAGAUGCGUCUGGAAUUCGUAGUGCAUAUGUCAUACAGCAAGACAUACUCAUCCCAACUCUUACUGUGCGAGAAACGUUGACAUAUGCUGCUGAUCUGAGGCUUCCGUCCUCGGUCAGCAAGGAGGAGAGGAAGCGGCUCGUGGAGGAAGUCAUCAUGGAAUUGAGUCUCAAAGAGGCUGCCGACACCCGCAUCGGCGACCACGCGCACAAGGGCUGUAGUGGCGGAGAAAAGAGGAGGACAAGUUUUGGCGUCCAAUUGCUCUCGAAUCCUAGUCUCCUAUGGCUCGACGAACCCACUACAGGACUCGACAGCACCAGUGCCUUCCAGGUUGUGAAAACAUUGCAGAGCCUUGCUCGCAAAGGAAGAACUAUCAUAGUGACCAUACAUCAGCCGCGCUCGGAAAUCUGGAGUCUCUUCGAUAACAUUGUUCUACUCACCAAGGGCUCUCCAGCAUAUGCGGGGAGCGCAAAGGAUUGUCUACCUUACUUUGCUGGGCUCGGCUAUGAGCUGCCUCCGUUUGUCAAUCCUGCAGAGUUCAUCAUCGACAUUGUGUCAGUAGAUAAUCGCAGUACCGAAGCUGAGACGGCAGCACAGGCUCGCGUGGACCAAAUCAAGAGCGCAUGGAGGGAACAUUCAUCCAAAACGCAUCUUGCAUCCGAGAAACAGAGCCCCACCACCAUCACCGGAGGAACCAAUACGCCUCGCUUGAAACACACCUCCAUCCUUCAGCAAACUCGAGUGUUGACGGCUCGUACGAUGGUUGUUACCAUCCGCGACCCGAUGGGUAUGUUUGGUAGUCUCGUUGAGGCGAUUGGCAUGGCUAUUAUUACAGGUUGGAUUUUCUACCAAGUGGACGGUUCUCUUUCGGGCAUCCGUUCAAGACAAGGAGCUUUGUAUACUGCUGCUGCGCUCCAGGGUUAUCUAAUACUCCUCUACGAGACCUAUCGACUCACAACAGACAUCCAGGUGUUUGACGAAGAAUCCAGACAAGGUGUCGUCAGCAUUCCGGCAUUCCUCGUUUCCAGAAGACUGGCAAGGCUGUUCAUUGAGGAUUUGCCCGUGCCCCUGGUCUUCUCACUUAUCUUCUACUUCAUGACUGGCUUCCGCACCGAUGGGGUCGAGUUCAUGACUUUCUUCUCGGUCAUACUGCUUGAACAGUACAUUGCUGUCUGCUUCGCUACUAUGUGUGUUGCUGUCUCAAGGCAUUUUGCUGGGGCAAGUCUUGUAGCCAACCUAGCAUAUACUCUUCAAUCCAUGGCUUGCGGUUACUUUAUUCAGUCAAACACAAUUCCAAUCUAUGUUCGGUGGACAAAGUGGAUUGCCUAUGUCUUUUAUGCGUUUGGCGCCCUGGUUGCAAAUGAAUUUACUGGCCACUUCUAUGACUGCCCACUUGAAGGAGGCCCAUCGAACCCUGCUUGCAAAGAGUAUACUGGCCAAUUCAUCCUUGACUCCUUAGGUUUCCCUGGAGAUUGGGUAUGGCGCCCCAUUCUUGCCCUGCUUGGAUUCACUAUCGCUUUUUAUCUCGGUGCCGGCAUCUUGCUCAAAUUUUGGCGAGCCGAGAUAACCAUGGCGCGGGCGAGGCCAUCCGAUAUUGACGAAUCUGCUGGCAAGGAGAGCAUGACUGCUCAAUCCGUGGAUGAACUUCGAACGAUUUCGAUUCGACUUGACAGCUAUGGUCUCGAUAUCGAGAAGCGUUCUCUACGAACUAGAACUACGAAGUCCAUCUUGAAACCCCUGACCGCUGAUUUCCAGCCGGGUACUCUUAAUGUUAUCAUGGGGCCCUCUGGAUCAGGCAAAACAUCACUACUGAACAGUAUGGCCGGUCGACUUCGCGAUGACUUUUCGACCAGGUACAAGACUUAUGGAGGCAUGACAUUUAAUGGAUUCUCGCCUUCAGAGGAUGUCAUCCAUGCUAUCUGCUCGUUCGUAACGCAAGACGAUGAUGCAUUACUUGCCUCCUUAACUGUCCGCGAGACAUUACGAUAUGCUGCGGGUCUCCGAUUGCCAAAGCAUAUGACAAAGGCACAAAAGAUGCAGCGUGCGGAAGAAGUACUCCUGAAGAUGGGUCUGAAAGAUUGUGCCGACAACUUGAUUGGCAACGACAUGAUUAAGGGUAUCAGUGGCGGUGAAAAGAGACGUGUGACAAUCGCUGUCCAGAUUCUUACUGAGCCGCGUAUCCUUCUUCUAGACGAACCGCUCUCCGGCCUGGAUGCCUUUACCGCUUUGUCAAUCAUGGACGUACUCCGUGGUCUCGCCAACGAAGGACGAACCCUGAUCGUGACCAUUCAUCAACCUCGAUCAGAUUUGUUCGCCCAUUUCGGUAAUAUUCUACUCCUGGCUAGAGGAGGCCACCCGGUAUUCUCAGGACCUGCAAACGAUAUGCUUCCCUAUUUCUCUGAACACGGAUACAACUGUGACCGACAUGUCAAUCCUGCAGAUUUUGCCCUUGAUUUGAUAACCGUCGAUCUUCAACAUUCCUCAAGAGAAGAGGCAAGCCGCGCGAAAGUACAGGAGCUCAUCUCAGCCUGGACAUCUCCAAAGAACGAUACCCCAUCGCGCAACUUAUCGACUACAGCCGAUGAUCUCGGUGCACUAGCUCGUUCGCCUGCCUCUUUCGGGCCUGCAUUUUCCAUUCUUCUUCGUCGCGCAACGAAGAAUUUCUUCCGGCAACCAGAUCUUUUAGCAGCGAGAAUCGGCCAAGUCGCUGGGCUCGGAAUAGUACUUGCACUUUUCUUUGCACCACUCAAGAACGACUACUUUGCGAUUCAGAAUCGACUGGGUUUCCUUGUCGAGAUUGCUCCAUUAUAUUUCGUUGGUAUGCUCAACAACAUCGCGGUCUACCCGGGGGAGCGUGAAGUAUUCUACCGCGACUACCAAGACAGAGUGUAUGGAGUCGAGGCCUUCUUCUUGACCUACACCGUCCUUGAAGUCCCCUUCGAGAUAGUAAGCGGCAUCAUCUUCUCCAUUUUGACUGUUCUCGCCUGUGGAUUGGACCGCACGGCAGAAAUGUUCUUCAUCAUCGUCUUCAAUGCUUUCUGCAUUGUCAGCUGCGGAGAGUCUCUGGGUAUUGCAUUCAAUACCUUAUUCACUCAUACCGGUUUCUCCGUAAACUGCAUGAGCGUAUUUCUCUCCGUGGCUCAAAUCAUGGGAGGCGUAAUUUCCCUCUCCAUCCCCUCCUUCCUCCAAGCAUUCAACCACCUCUCACCUAUCAAAUACGCAAUCGGCAACAUGGCGCCCUACACCCUCCGCGACCAGAACUUCACCUGCACCGAUUGGCAGCGUCUACCCAACGGCCAAUGCCCGAUCUCCACCGGCGAGGAAGUCCUCAACUUAUACAAAUUGAACAAAAACCCAGAGAGGAAUCUCAUGGGGCUGGGUAUCUGCUGUAUUGUGUAUAGACUGUUGGCUUGGAUCAUCCUGAAGGCGGUUAAGGAGCGGUGGAUCGGACGGACCUGGAGGAGAUUGGGAUUUGGGGGUAGGGCGAAGAAGGAACGGCCGCUGUCGAAUGUUUCCGCGGCGGAGACUGUGUAGUAUUUCCUAUGAUUCAAUAGCAAAAGAUUCUAAAUUUUCUUACCAUUACAUGUGUUGGGACUUUGAAUAGAGCAUUUGUGACAAG